CAGUGAGCGCACCCUGUCAACAGAGGAGAGUAUGGGAGCCUGGAGAUCUCCAGCUUCCACACUGGUUCUUGAAGCUGCAAAGCAAGAGGCUGAGCCAUCUCAGCGUUUGGAGAAAAGUGGACUCUCGAGAAAAAAUGGCGUAGACCUGCACAGAGUCCUGUUCGUCGUCCAGAGUCAAGGCCACACCUUUCACGCGGCGCGCGCCCAGCGGCUGAAGGAGGACCUGCUCCAGCAGGCAGCAGAGCUCCGCCAGGAAUAUCCCAGAAUUGUCCUUCUGCAUCAGCUGGCGAAGCCUGAAGGCGUGUGGACCAUCCUCCCGGUGUUACCGCGCCUUUCUGCAAUCUAUGGCGGAAAUUCAUCCUGGGUCUUCUUCUGUGAAGAGGAGACAAGGGUGCACCUUCCCAAGCUCCUCAGGACCCUUGGGAGGCACGACUCUGCCAAGGAGUGGUUUUUGGGGAAAGCCCUGCACGAUGAGGAAGCCACCAUCAUCCACCACUACGCCUUUUCUGAAAACCCCACGAGCUUCAAGUACCCGGACUUCGCCGCCGGCUGGGCCCUGAGCAUGCCCCUGGUGAACAAGCUCUCCAAGAGGUUGAGGAGCGACUCGCUGAAGUCCGACUUCACCAUCGACUUAAAGCACGAGAUUGCCCUCUACAUCUGGGACAGAGGGGACGGGCCGCCGCUGACCCCCGUGCCUGAGCUGUGCACAGAGGAUGCCGACCACGCAGGCCCCCACUGUGCCACCACGUUCCAGUCCCUCCUGCCGCUCUGUGGAAAUCCGGUGAAGAAGGAGGACAUCUUUGUUGCCGUAAAGACGUGCAAGAAAUUCCACAAAGACAGAAUUCCCAUCGUCAAGCAGACGUGGGCAGCACAGGCCGGGCUCAUGGAGUACUACAGCGACCACGCAGACGCCACCAUCCCCACUGUGGACCUGGGCGUCCCCAACACAGAGCGAGGCCACUGUGGGAAGACGUUUGCCAUCCUGGAAAGGUUUCUGAAUCACAGCCAUGUCAGGACCCCGUGGCUGGUCCUUGUGGACGACGACACCUUGAUAAGCAUCCCCAGGCUGCAGCACCUGCUCAGCUGCUAUGACGCCCGAGAGCCCGUGUUCCUGGGAGAGCGUUACGGCUACGGACUGGGCACUGGCGGCUACAGCUACAUCACCGGCGGAGGAGGCAUGGUCUUCAGCAGAGAGGCCAUCAGGAGGCUCCUGGCCAGCAAGUGCCGGUGCUACAGCAGCGACGCUCCAGACGACAUGGUUCUGGGCAUGUGCUUCAGUGGACUGGGGGUCCCUGUGACACACAGCGCCCUCUUCCACCAGGCCCGGCCGGUGGACUACCCAAAGGCCUACCUCGCUCACCAGGUCCCCAUCUCCUUCCACAAGCACUGGAACGUCGACCCUGUGCAGGUGUUCCUCACCUGGCUGGCCCCCGGAGAGCAGGACCGAGCCGGGCAGGAGGCACGGGCAAAGGCGCGCUCCCGGGAGGAGCUAUGAAUCUGAGGGUGGGCACUGGGAAGGGACAGACAAGGGACCUGGCCCACCUCAUCCUGUGGACUGCACCAGACCGGCUCCCUCACUGUGCCCUGGGCAGGGACACCCUCUGGCACCAGGGGGGGCAGUGCCUGUGGCAUUUUCUCUUCCUUGCUUUUUAUCGAAGGGAGGACAGGAAUUGCCCGGUGGCCCCGAGCAGAGCUGCUCUUUUGAGCUGGCAGGUCGCUUGCUGUCGGUCCAGCAGUCCUGGCAAGAACACAGCUGCGGCAACUGUGUACCUUCAAGCUGGGUGGUCUGGGGGGGCUUUAGAGACUGUCGAUGGAAAAAACGACUGACUGGUCCCAGAACCCCCUUCUCCAUCAUCUCUGUCCAUUCUCACCAACGUUUCAUCCGGGCAUGACUGAGUGUCACUCUCCUGAUGGAGAAAGAGCAAGGGGGUGUCCUUUGGCCUUCUCGAUGCUGGCCAGAAAUACUGGGCAGCCACAGGUCUCUGGGAGAACUCACAAAUCUGUCUUCAGGAAGCCCGGCUGGAAUGCUCCCAGCAUCACUCUGCAUGCUUCGGGCAUGUCAUCGGGAGCCACCGUCUCUGUAGAGGACCCCUCGUUUGGUAAAGUAGAGGGUGAUGAAACAGAGGGAGGCCCUCGGGGAGGUGGACGGACACAGUGGCUGAAACCGUGGGCCCAGACAUCCAUCGCAUUAGUGGUGAGGAUUCUGCUGUGUGUGCGGCUGCUGGGGUCCGGCCUGCCCGGGUGCACCUUGGAGAUGCCGCAGCAGCAUGUGCCUCUGCAGGUCUUAGCAGGACCGACGGCUCCUUCCUGGGGCUCGGUGGGGCCGCUGCUGCUCUCUAAAGCACUCUUCAAGCAUCAUGCACGCUUAGGUAGCGAGUCCCCUGCCCUCACAGCUGGUGGGUUUGUCUGUGCUGCUGCGGCCCCGUGCCCCGUCCACAGAGGACGGGGGCUACUCCACAAGAGCCCCCACCCCUGCUCUGGGGGCUCGUCUGUGUCCGUCUCUCCCCACAAGGCCCCGCCCCCCUCCAGCCUCCUUGUGCAACCACUGUGACAAAUGGCACCCUGGGGAUUUCAGAGACACUGAUCACACAAUUCAGGCCCGUCUCGGGAAGUGACCUGUGACCCGCGAAACUCUCUCUCCUCCCUCAUAAAUCGCCGAGCUCCCCACGAGGCUCUCACCCUUGUGGGAUGGACGCCAGGCUCACCUGACAAUUCCCUGGGCUCUCUCCAAAUGAGACGUGCACGUGGCACAGGGAAACCACGCCGAUCGCCACCUCUUGAGCACGGGCAGCCCCGAGAGGAUAGGACGGACAUCCAGCGUCUGCACCUCCUGCACCUGUAGGCCAGCCGUGUGCUGGGAGGUGCCUGCAGCUAUCCUGGUAACCGACGUGGCCACAGCAAGAGCUCCCGCUGCUGCAGGGUGCUGUUGAAGAUGCUUGACUGGACCUGGGCAUUCCCCUCUCACAGGCGCAUUUUCAAUGCACAGAAAGGUGCCCUGCCUGCUAUACCCCAAGCAAACAGCUAAUCUACUGACCUUAGAUACGAGAACUGUGCCUCAGUGUCCUAACUCAUGUCCAAAUUUAACCCACAGGCAGAUUUAGGAAGGGACUUCCCCUGGGAUAGGGGAGCUGCCGAAACGUUAGCCACCCUCCACCCAUGCAGUGCCCACUUGUAAAAAGCAUCCCGUGUAUCUCCAUGUGCGUGCGUGUGUUUCAGGAUCACACCGUUCAGUUCUGUAAAAGCAUUUGCAUAGGGUUCCAUUUCCAUCUCCCUGGGGGUGCAGCGUUCAAAUGCUCAUCUGCUAGCCUGAAGGCUGGUGCUCUGAGCUCCCCCGAGGCUCCGAGGCACAGAGACAUGGCUGUCUGCGCCUCCCAUGAAGCUGGCGGCUUUGGGAAGCCAGUGGGGGCAGUUUCCACCUGUCCUAGAGGGUUGCCAUGAGACAGGGUCUUCGAUGGCAGUGGGUUUGGUUGCUAAUUAAACGUGCUUUUCAUUCA